AUGGAUCUUGUGGACAGCGUGUUCGAUGACAACGGCCAGGCACUUAUGGAUGAAAGUUUCGACAUCCUUGGGAAAUACCACGAACUGAUUAUCAACACCAACAAAAUCCUGAUCGCCGCGGUCAACGGGCCGGGCGUCGGCUACGGAGCAAGCAGCAUUGCACUAUUCGACCUCGUCUACGCGGUCCCCGACGCAUACUUCUUCACGCCAUUCGUGAAAUGGGGACUCUGUGCCGAAGCCUGUUCCAGCGUCACAUUUGCCCGAAGCAUGGGGCGCCAGAAAGCGGCGGCGCUCCUCCUUGCCGAUGAGCGGGUGUCUGCCCAUGAGCUCGAGCGGGCGGGACUGAUCACCAAGAUCAUCCCUUCGGAGAAUUUCUUGCCAGACGUGCUGAAGGUAGCGCAUCGUAUUGCAAGAUUACCGCCAAGAUCGCUUGCGUUCAAUAAGGAAUUGAUGAUGAGGCCUCUCAAGCAGGAGUUGCUUGAUGCCAACGAGGCGGAGGUCGCUGGGUUAAAGAUGCGUUUCAGGGACUCAGAGCCGAAGGACGCCAUCAGGGCGUUUGUUUUGUCGCAAGAGCAGAAGAAGCAAAGGGCCGGAAAAGCAAGGAUAUAG